UUUCCACUCUCCACUCUGAUACUCAGAUCACCUCGGUUGGUUGAGGAAUGAUGAAGAGAAAAAGAAACUCAAAAGCACUCAGAGCAGGUUGUAAAGGAAAAAGAGAAGCAUCUGAAGAGGUUGCACAUUUCGGUACCUCUAUCACGGAUGUACCUGAGCCUAUCUUCAAGAAUAUUGUGCUAAGACUGCCCAUUAGGGCAAUUAUCAUGUGCAAAUGUGUUUGCAAACCUUGGCGUCGGGUAAUUUCAGACCCUCAAUUUGCUAAGAUGCAUUUUGAACUUGCACAGCCCUGUCCUCUAGUCCGGACCUUGGGUAACGCACGAGUUGCAAGAAUGCUUCACCUAAUUGAGCCAUCUGACGUUGACAACUACGAUUCAUUUUCUGAUUCUCGUUUUGCAAAGCAUCUAAGGCUUAAUUAUGGUCGGGAUUUUUAUUUGAAACUGGAUACCAAGUUGAAGAUUCCUUUGCGCAAUGCUGAACAAAUGCCACAGCCACAUAAUGUCAGUGAUACCAAAUCCCGUCUUAGUAGUGAGCGUGGUUUUAAGAAGCGUUGUGUAAAAGUGAGACCAAAAGAGCAUAAGUUCCAGAUCGUCAAUUCCUGUAAAGGAUUUGUCUGUUUGUCAGAACCUUCAAGCAACAACCCACUUGUUGUGUGCAAUCCAGUCACAGGUGAGUAUUUAAACCUUCCAGGAACAGAUGAAUCUGAUAACAAUACCGAGAAAGAUAUGGUGUCUUGUGGAUUUGGCCUUUGUGAGGAGACUAAUCGAUAUAAAGUUGUUAAAAUGAUUGACCAAGGAUAUUUUGAAUCCGUGUAUAGAUGCCCAAUUACAGGGGAAAAGAGUUACAAGAAAACGUUGGUCGAGGUACACACACUUGGCACUGGGACUUGGAGAAGAAUCGGUUAUGCUCCAUACUAUCACAGCAAACUGAAAUUUACUACAUAUCUGAAUGGAUUUCUUCAUUGGAUUUCCCUUGAUUUCGGCAAACGUAUUUUGAUAUAUUGUUUUGACCUUGGCAGAGAGGAGUUCAAGUCAGUUCAGCUUCCUCCUCUUGGUGAUUAUUUUGAUCCCAUCAUUCGAUGGAAUAAUCAGUGUAACACAAGCUUGGGAGUAUUAAGAGGUAGCCUAUGUUUGUGUACUUGGUCAGGCUAUGAUUCACUCGACAUAUGGGUGAUGAAGAAGUAUGGUGAACCAAAAACGUGGACGAAAAUUGUGUCAACUUAUUCCCUUUGCGUUGAAAGGUGGCCUUAUUGUGUGUACCAGCCGAUCAGUUUUGAAGAAAACAAAGGGUUGCUGAUGUUUCUGUCCCCUAAGAGUGCCUUUAUAUAUUACCAACCUGAAAAUUAUGGCAGGUGGAAGUAUUUCAGAAUUCUUGAUGUCAAAACAAAAUAUGAAGCGAUUGCUCAUGUUCCAAGUCUCAUUUCUCUCAAGGAUGUUUUGAAUGGAGAUGGUAUGGAGAUACUGAAUAUUAAUUUAAGUCAAAUUCAGAAGGUGUUGAGACUAGAAACCAAUUCUGGUUUCUUUCUUCUGGAUUAUGGAUUUGCCAUAGGCAUCUGAUCAUAAAGCUCGCUUUCAAGACAAAUAUGCAGCCAUCUAAUAUCAUGGUCUCUGGGUAUCCGCAAGCCAAAGAAGACUAAUGAGAGACAACAUAUAAGUGACUAUACUAACAUGUUAUCAUUGUCUGUUACCUGCAAGUACGUUAGAUGUCUUUUUAAUUAGCUUUUCUAAGGAAUUCAAGACUAGGUGUUUUGGGAGGGAUAAGAAAUUGAUUCUUUAGAGGCUAUGAGUCAAGCUUGCUUGAAGGUGACUCAUCCUUUGCAUACGGUUUUAGUAUAUGAUUCCUUCAGUUUUGGAGAGGUACUCUUGAAUAUACAUUACUUCAAAUGUGUUGUAACCUUAAUUUCUUGUUCCUCAGAACGAUGUACUUGCCUGAAGUAGCAGCUUACUUGUUACUGUUUAGUUAGAUCUUCUUAGCUAAAGCCAUUACAUGUAUGGUAGUUUUUGCUUCAUAUUAUCUAGGAGGCGUUUAUUUAAGUACGAGCAAUAGAAAAACCAUAACUAUUUUUCCAAAUACAAUUUAAAGGAAAGUGAACAAAACGAGCUGCUUGAUGAACAAUUUCUCUUCCUUUCUGGAGCCAUAAAAUGGUGUGAUUUUAUCUCUCGAGGGUAACACUCAUGUGGCUUACAUGUUGGUAUGCUCUAGAUGCAGUGAAUACAAGUUGUUGGGAGAGACCAAAGCUAUUUAUUUGCAGGAAGUAAUAAGGGAAGCUGAGACCGAUACAGAUCAUUCACCCAGCGAAGGAGACUACGACUGAAUCACCCUUCUGCAUGGAUUGCUUUUCAUUUCUAGAGAAAUCGUGAAUCCUUGUAAGACCAGCUUUCAUCUAGAUGAGGGAAACGACUGUAAAUUCAUGCUAAUAGCUGGUUCUUUUUGCUUCAUUCUAUGUAAGCAUUCGCCUUUGAACCUUGGUGGUUAUGUAUUUGAAGCAUAAUAUUUGAUCCUUUUUUUC